AUGUCUCUGGACGACUCAAUCAGCGCUCCGUCGCAAUCAAACAUUCAUAUUUCUAGGGAAAUCUCCAUCAAAGCUCCACCAUUUUACAGCGAAAAACCUGCGUUGUGGUUUGCGCAACUGGAGUCGCAAKUCAGAAUGCGGAGCAUUCUAACAGAAGUCGACAAAUUCCACGUGGCCGUGCCUUUAAUUGACMCUAGAUCAGCCUCCACAGUCGAAGAUAUAAUUUUGGCACCACCUAUUACCAAUCCAUAYAGAAAACUUAAAGAGGCACUUAUUGCACGCUUCUCAAAAUCUAAAGAAGCUAAUCUUAUACGAUUAUUGGACGGAGAGACCCUAGGUGACAAAACUCCAUCUCAACACCUGCGUCAUCUCCGUAGUCUCGUCCCGGACAUUGAUGAGGAAGUUCUCAAGGCGCGAUGGCUACCACACCUUCCCCCCCAAAUGCGCGCAUGCCUCGUCAUACAGGAACAGGCUGAUCUCAAUAAACUCGGGRCUGCAGCCGACAAGCUUCACGAGGUGAUUAAACCGGCCGGCAUAGCAGCUGUUUCAGACCUGGAGACGCAAGCAGCAGCCUUAGCAGAACACCUAGCAGAACUGUCAGCCAUCGUAGCACGCUCACGUGAACGGACCGUUCAGCAACGGCCUAGAUCACGUAGCAGAUCUCGCGUGCUACCAGCAACUUCAUCCGGAGGGCUUUGA